AUGGCGCCUCAUUCUCGACAAGAAAGAGCGCCUAUUCAACCGCUGUCAGAAGAUGCUGGGAACAGAGAAAGAGAGGCGACACAAAUAUUCAUCGCGGGCAAGCAUCCAGUAGAAAAAGAGCGAUGCCUUUGGACCAGCAGAAACAUCAACAUUCAGGAUUAUCCCAAGUCUGAAGAUCUGGCUGAACUGGAUGACGAGCUUCUUGGAGAUUUAAAUAACAGUCCGACCCCUGGACUAUCAAUUGUGGUGUGUAUAAUGCAGCAAGAUGUUAGAAGCGCAACGCACAAACAUUUGGAAAAGAAGAACGAAGUCAACUUCGACAAAAUAUUUAAUCAAAUGUUAGGAUACCUUUUAUUCAAGGAAUUCUGUGAGACUGCAGCAGAAGAACCGAUUCCCCAACUAAGAUUUUAUGAACAAAUAAAAGCAUACGAAAAACUCGAAUGUCCAGAAGAAAGGAGAAAGCUCGCAAAAGAAAUUUACGACAAUUUUAUCAUGAAAGAAUUAUUGGCUCAUUCACAUGAGUACUCAAAGGAUGCUGUUUCACACGUACACAAAUAUCUUAUGAAGAACGAAGUUCCUGUGAAUUUGUUUGAGCCGUAUAUAGAGGAAAUUUUCAACCACUUGAGGGGAGAUCCAUUUAAAAAGUUUCUAGAGAGUGACAAGUACUCACGAUUUUGUCAGUGGAAAAAUCUCGAAUUGAACAUUCAGUUGACUAUGAAUGACUUCAGCGUACAUAGAAUAAUUGGCAGAGGAGGUUUCGGUGAAGUUUAUGGUUGUCGUAAAGCGGACACAGGUAAAAUGUACGCAAUGAAGUGUCUUGACAAGAAGCGCAUAAAAAUGAAGCAAGGUGAAACAUUGGCACUUAAUGAAAGGAUAAUGCUCGCUCUAGUCAGUACAGGAGUUGAUUGCCCUUUUAUAGUAUGCAUGACAUAUGCAUUUCACACUCCCGAUAAGCUAUGUUUCAUACUGGAUCUUAUGAAUGGCGGCGAUCUUCAUUAUCAUCUCAGUCAACAUGGUGUAUUCAACGAACCAGAAAUGAAAUUCUACGCAGCUGAAGUAAUUUUGGGUCUUGAACACAUGCACCGCAGGUAUAUUGUCUAUAGAGAUCUUAAACCUGCAAACAUACUUCUUGACGAACACGGCCAUGUCAGAAUAUCCGACUUAGGAUUAGCUUGUGAUUUUUCCAAGAAAAAACCGCAUGCCAGUGUUGGUACACACGGAUAUAUGGCACCGGAAGUACUUUCCAAGGGAACGGCAUACGAUUCUAGUGCCGAUUGGUUUUCAUUUGGUUGUAUGUUAUACAAACUUUUAAAAGGUCAUAGUCCAUUUAGACAACAUAAAACCAAGGACAAACACGAGAUAGAUAGAAUGACCCUUACCAUGAAUGUCGAGCUACCCGAUACGUUUUCGCGGGAAUUACGUUCACUUUUGGAAGGAUUGCUACAACGAGAUAUUAAUGAUAGACUCGGUUGUCGAGGAGGUGGAGCUGAUGAGUUAAAAGAACAUCCGUUUUUCAGUGGUAUUGACUGGCAGCAAGUUUAUCUUCAAAAGUAUACACCACCACUGAUUCCUCCUCGAGGAGAAGUAAAUGCUGCUGAUGCUUUCGAUAUUGGCUCUUUUGACGAAGAAGACACCAAGGGAAUAAAAUUGACGGAUGCUGAUCAGGAUCUCUAUAAAGAUUUUCCAAUGGUCAUUUCCGAAAGAUGGCAGGCAGAGGUUGCCGAAACAGUCUUCGAGACAAUCAAUCAGGAAGCCGACAAGAUGGAAAACAAAAGAAGAGCAAAAAAAGUUCGAUUUGAAGCAGACGAGAAAGGGUCUGAUUGUAUUUUGAACGGCUACGUAAAAAAAUUAGGAGGUCCUUUUGCAAGUGCAUGGCAAACUCGCUAUGCUAAACUCUAUCCAAACAGAUUAGAACUUCACCCAGAAUCGGCUGGAACACGUCCAGAACUUGUCUUUCUAGAUCAGGUUGAAGAAGUUGGUAGUGAUCUCCAACACGUAAAAGGAGAACAAUGCAUCGUCAUUCGGACGCGAGAUGCCAAAAUUGUACUAACAAAUCCGGAAGAUGAGAUCAGUCUAAAAGAAUGGGCAUUAUCUUUGAGAAUGGCCCACAAAAAUUCAAUGGAAAUGCUUGGUAGCAUGGCAAGGAAAGCUGGAAAAAUUUAUGGGACUGAACGCGAAGUCGUUAUACCUCCAUCGCAGCGAUCAACAAAUGGAAACUAGUCAUUUCGGCCGUGUUUUUCCUCGUCAUACUCCAGUCUCACUGCCUCGCAGCAGCGAUAGCAGCAGCAAAUUUUUUUAUACUAAGGAAAAUAGUGCAAUAAGUGGCACCUAUUGGUACUGAUAAAUCAUGGGCUUCCCCUCAAAGCUCUUUUAUCGUUCAUCUUCGAUCCUUUUUAUUUUACGAUGUCCCGAGAACCCUAAAGUACUCGUACUCUUCCACACGGCGAAUAGCGUAACGCGGCAGUAUAGAAACUUUAGCGAAUAGAGUCGCAUCAAAUCAUGCGAGUAAAUGGGUCAUUUCAAACCAUCUAAACUCGGCACAUAGGAUUCAUGUAGCGUGAUGUCGUUAUAUUUAUACGUUAGAAGUGUAAAUCAUGACAUAGUAAUUAGCGAUUUUGAAUCACAAAUAUGGUCAUCAUUCACAUCAAAGUGCAUUACAUUCACAAACAAGCGCAACAACAUGUACCGUAAGCAUACUAUAAUUACGAAAAUGUCUAAUAGUCCGAAUUUUUCUUUUUACUCUUUAUUUUUUUCCUUAAUUUAUUUACUAAUACAAAGUGGUUUUAUACUACUCGAGAAUAAAACCUUAUUUGCUACUUAUUAUAUUACUGUUUUACUAACGGGCAAAUUCUAGUUUUUAUAACGUGAAAAAUUUUUUUUUAGUAAUUAAAGUUACAUUUGUUAUAUGUCUUGCAACAGAUAUGCCAUUUUUAUUUGGGCAAUAAAUUAUUACCAUGACCACGGUGAAAUGUAUUUCCCUUAAUUUAAAAAAAAUUAAUAUCUACGAUUAUAUGUUCUUACCAACAAAUUCUUAUUAUGUGUGAAACAGAAGCAAUUGAAAAUCGAUUCAAUAUGGCACAAAAAUUAUGUUGUAGACCAAAAAAUAAACAUGAUAUUCUUGGUUUCAGCAUUA